CUCUCUCCCUUCCCUCCUCCACGCUCUCUCUCUCUCUCUCUCUCGCUCUCUUCUCUCUGGUCCUUUAAGCCUGCUGCAUAACAGGAGCUAUCCAGUGCUGAACCAGACUAUUUUUUAUCUUUUUGAAAGCUGGGGGAGCCAUAGAGUAACACACAGCGUUGCCGUCAGCCUUGUUCUCCACUGGUUUCCAUUUUCUUUCCUUCUCUUAUGUUUUUUAGAGGGUUGUCUUUUCGUUUAACACAAGGAUUACUACUACCGUCAGCAGCAGGCUCCAGCUCUGCCUGUUUGCUGCUUUCUUUGGGGGUCUUCUCUUUUCUUCUCAUGCGUGAUUCUCGGGUCUGUGUGUUUUUUAUUCUUUGAAACAUGCCCCGUUCGUUUUUGGUGAAGAAAAUCAAGCUUGAUGAUUUCUCUUCAUCCAAUGCUGCCUCUAAUCACCAUCACCACCUGGACGACUCGUUCACUCCUUUCUCACGCUCCAUCACUGACUCUGUGACCAACUUGGGGGUUCGCCUCAGUGAGAAUGGCUACAUCCAGGAUUACAUCACGCCAUCGGUAUACCAGGGGGAGAAGAAGAUGGAGCUCAAGCUGGCCUCGCCCGUCUCUGACCCCCUUUACACCCAGGUGAGCAGCGGGGGCGAGGAGUACUGUGACCCUGACCUGGAGCACCCUGAUAGCCCCCAGUCCGGCAUGACAGCCAGCGGCUUCUACAGCGGCGAGGCGGAGGCCCCGACCGAGGGUUACACCAUGGAUGCCUUCUUCAUCUCUGACGGGCGCUCGCGGCGGAAGGGAGACGGCGAUGGCCGUAAGGGAGGUAGUUCUGCCACGUCCAAUGCCGAUGCCACGGAGGAGAGGGAGGCCGGGGCCGCUGGUACGGCCCGCCACUCCUGCAACGAGUGUGGCAAGACCUACGCCACUUCAUCCAACCUCAGCAGGCACAAGCAGACGCACCGUAGCCUGGAUAGCAAGAUGGCGCGCAAGUGUCCCACCUGCGACAAAGUGUAUGUGUCCAUGCCGGCGCUGGCCAUGCACAUCCUCACCCAUGACCUCAAGCACAAGUGCGAUGUGUGCAGCAAGGCCUUCAGCCGGCCCUGGCUCCUGCAGGGCCACAUGCGCUCGCACACCGGGGAGAAACCGUUCGCCUGCGCCCACUGCGGCAAAGCCUUUGCUGACCGCUCAAACCUCCGCGCCCACAUGCAAACCCACUCUGCCUUCAAGCACUACCGCUGCAAGCGCUGCAAUAAGACCUUCGCCCUGAAAUCCUACCUGAACAAGCACUAUGAGUCAGCCUGCUUCAAGGGAUCUGGGGAUGAAGAUGAGGACGAGUCCUGCUCUGAGAACUAGCUGGUGGAACCAGGACGGAAGCAGAUUUUGGAACCCUAGGUUCUACAACCAAUAACCCCCUUCACUCUGCCCUACAUCCCUUUUUUCUUCCCUUUUAUAGAAAGCAAUAUUUUCACUGAGAUUACGUGAAGAAACUGUUCUGAUUAUGGCAAAGACAAUUUCAAAAUAUGCUGGAUUCCCCCCCCCCUCCCCCUGCACAGUAGCUAAUCGUCCACAGAUACAUACAAUCAAAACACCCAUCCCCCAAAUAAAGACUUGUUUUUAGCUCACACACACAAACACAAGCUCACGCACACACAAACACACACCCACAUACGUACACACACACAAUUAUAUAUGAGGCCUGGCAUGUGAAUUUUUAUCAAUGACUAUAAUGAUAUUGAUAUCAAUAGUAAUAAUAUUUAGAUUCCUGAUAUUUUAUAGAAGAUACUACAGGAAAAAAAAUAAACAACACAAAAAAAGGACAGUAACAGUGUUCUUUUGUUUUUUAGAGACAAAAAUGACCUCUUGUAUUUUUAUGCUGCUUUUUAUUUGCUAAGAAUUGAAUUCUUUUGCAACUGCCAACAUGAACUUUUUAUGAAAAUGUGAAUUAUGACAGUAUUUUCAAAAAAUGGGAGAUCAUUUAAAAGUUAAAAACAUACCCUUUUUGUCACACAUAUGUUUUUAAUUCAAUAGGUGUUAUUUUUCUAUUGUCCGACUGAAUUUGUUGUUUAUUUUUUGUGCCAAUUCUUCCUUGAUUUUUAAAAGCAAAGCAUCUUUGUAACUGUGGGUAUUCCAAAAGCUUCCAGCCAAACCUAUUGAACAAAACCUAAAGGCAAACUACAUCAGCUGAGAACAAUUAGGAUCAUGACCCAGGGGUCAUUGUCAACUCCAUCAGACCAGUUGUUCUGAGUUGUUAUGGGAAACCUGUUGAACAGGUUGUGUUAUCACAAGAUUCCGGCGGCAAUCACAGUAUACGCUCUUCAUCAUACUGGUAACUAGAACUAAAAUCACACUGGGAGCCAAACCAAAUCUACCGAUCUGUUGUUAUAAGUGCCAUGUGCAUUGUGCAGUGACCUGUCUAUAGCAAUGAAAACCAUCCCUGUUCUUCCUCCACCGCAGUGGCUUGCAUGAACUUUGCCACUCUGUGGUGUUUCCCUCAGUCUUACGUAAUAAGCAAUGUUCAUUAUACACUCUCUGACGUGCCCCCCUCUUUUUCUAUUACCUCAAUAAGGAAAAGGUAUGUUCUCAUGACAUGCACCCUCAGUUACAAAGGAUUCGUUUUCUUGUAUUUAUAUGUUGCUGAAAGCUCUUUCUACCAUUAGAUGUCAAUCGCCCUACUACCUUGUACAUAAUGUAUUUCUCCAUUUAUGUAACUAUUUAUUUAUCUGUCAAUGUGUCUAUGUAUUUUAUUUAUUCAUUUACAUGAUUGUUAAUUUAUUCAUCUAUUUAUUUAUGCCAUUACAAUAUUUGUCUAUUCACGUGUUGAAACCGGACUUUCCAUUGACCUUGUAAAGAUGCUGCUGAUCUUUAAAGAAAAUGUUUAUAUGCAUGAAACUGUAGAGAGUCCAUUGGACUUUGUUUUUUUAAAAGAGGAACAAUGUCUCGUAUCAGCGGUAACUUCAAACACAUGAUGAAUGCAGAUUAUAUUUGUUUCACGGCAAUAAUAACUUCACUGGUACGGCAAUUGACAUGUAUAUUAAUAAUAAUCGAAGCUGUCCUGUUUGCAGUCAAUUUAGGGCAAUAAAAUGAAACAGAUGAACAA